AUGAAAAUUUUAGUGAUAUUUAUAGCAGGGGUAUUCUCAAUUAGAUUAACCUUCCCUCUUCAUAAGUGAACAAAACCAUUGGGAAAAUCUCUAUUUUUUAGAGAAAAGCCUAUCCUUUAUGAGAUAAUAUUUUGAUAUAUAAGUGUUCAUUAGUAUAAUGAAAUCUCUAGUCAAUUCUGUUUUAUUUUAAACACCUUACAUUUUUAAAGAAUUUUUUUUUAUUAUUAAAUUCACCGCUGAAUCUCAGCAUUUCUCUCUCGAAUUUUAAAGCAUAAUUACCUUAAUUUUUGAUUUCAAUUUUGCAAAUUGAUGUUUUUUAAUUCAAAAAAAAAUUUAGUAUAAAAUUUAUAUAUAAAUUUUUAAAAAAAUUACCCUCUACACCGAACAAAAUAUUUUGUCCGCUCAUGGAGGGGAUUAAGCAAUUUACCUCAAAAUAGCAUUGAAAUUGAAAACACAAAUGUUGAAGAAUAUUUAGAAUUUACAGAUGCAGGUGAAAACUUAGAAGACGGUUGGGAAGAUGAAGAUAUCCUUUAUUUUUUCAUUGGUGCAUUUGUAUGCUGCGUCAUUUGCUUGAUUUGUGUGGCUUUUACAUCAUCAUUAAGCAAGCAAGCUAAAUAUUAUCUUAUUGAUGCUAGAAUACAGAAACAUAAAAUGGCGACGCAAUUUUUCAACCUUAUGCCCAAGGCGAAUUGGGCGAGAAACUUGCCGAGAUUUAGGUCUGAUAUGCGAUUAUGCAUAUAUAGAAAGGUUUUUUUUACUAUUUCCUGUAAUUGGAAAGGGGUAAUCUGGCAGUGUCCUUCAGGAAGCUUAACCUGGACUUCACCGCGCGAUACAGAUAGCUGCUGAGGACAGGCACUCAGCACCCGUUAAAUUUAAGGUUUUCUUCCCUGGAUCAAGCUAUUUCCCAAUAGUCUGAUGCAGGGCCGUAGAAGUCCAUAAUCCGCCCGCUCAACACUGGAGUUGAUAAGGCAAGUCGAGGCAUCCUUAACACACAACAUCAUUGAUGCCUAUGGCAUCAGGGUCCAAAGAAGAGAGAGAUGGUGUCCUAGGUAACUUGCCAACCAAAUCAUCUUUACCGUCCAAGUUUCGACAGAGGAUGUCACAAAGCGGAUGAGUCCUCGAGGGUCCUUGGUGACUGCAUAACCACUACGGCCAAAUCCAUCUGCUAAUUAAAAUUAGCAUGCAAGAAUACGGUAUCAAAACAGAAAAACAUUAGAAAAAUACAACAGACUUCCUCGAAAGCUCGAAAUUCCCCAAGAAAACACAAUUUUUGAAAACCCUUUUACUCCAAUUUAA